AUGAGCCACGUUAUCAACCAAACCAGACCGGAGCGUCGCAGCUUUGUGUCCAGAAUCACAAAUGAGACUAAAAUUCAAAUCGCACUGUCUUUGAAUGGUGGUCAUGUUGAAAUCGAAAAAUCGAUUCUAGGUGCCAAAAAAACUGAAGAUGUAGCAUCUCAAGCCACUAGCUCACAGGUUAUCGAUGUUCAGACAGGUGUUGGCUUUUUGGACCAUAUGAUUCAUGCUCUUGCCAAACACUCGGGCUGGUCACUAAUAGUUGAAUGCAUAGGCGAUUUGCACAUUGAUGACCACCACACAACGGAAGAUUGCGGUAUAGCUCUUGGACAGGCUUUCAAAGAAGCUGUAGGUGCCGUGAGAGGUGUCAAAAGGUUUGGAACAGGAUUUGCACCUUUGGACGAAGCGCUCUCCAGAGCUGUCGUGGAUUUGUCGAACAGACCUUAUGCAGUGAUCGAUCUAGGUCUAAAGAGAGAAAAGAUCGGUGACCUUUCCGCGGAAAUGAUUCCUCACUUCCUUGAAAGUUUCGCCGAGGCUGCCAGAAUAACGUUGCAUGUGGACUGUCUGAGAGGAUUUAACGAUCACCAUCGCAGUGAAAGUGCGUUCAAGGCACUUGCGGUGGCCAUCAGAGAGUGUUUGUCGAGCAAUGGGACGAACGACGUGCCAUCUACCAAAGGUGUGCUAAUGUAA